AUGUCCGAAGUCCACAUCGUAGCCAUCAUCCACCCAACGCCGGGCAAAGUCGAUCGGGUGAGUGACCUUUACCUGCGUAUAGACUCGUCCCUCCUCCUCUGACAAUUCCUCAUUUCUCAACAAAAGCUCGUCUCCCUGCUCAAGGGAAUGUGUAAAUCCGUGCACGAAAAGGAAGACUACACCCUCCGCUACAUCGGCACCGAACAGAUCGGCCCGGGGGAGGAAAAGCCCGAGACGCCGGAUAUCGUCAUGAUUGAGACGUAAGUAUAUACAUAUACCUUCCCGAAUGAUUCCCCCCAAAAAUCAAAAGUCUUUCGUGAUGGGGUUAUACAUAAUACUGACAUGGAUUCCUUUUUUCCUUCCGGGUAGAUACAAAGACAAAGCCUCGGCGGAGAAACAUACGACGGAACCGCAUUUCAAGCAACUAUUCGCGACGUUUGACGAGGAAGGGUUGAUGGCGAAGCCUCCGUACUUGGCGCAGACGAAGAGUAUUUCCGGCUUUGAUCUGGAUCGCAAGUUCAUCUCGUAG